AACAUCAUUUCAAAAUGUUCUCACUCAAUUGACCAAAGGAAAUUGAACAACAAAACAUCUGUUCCUGAAUCAUUGCUGACUAGGGAGAAAGAGAAUUUCGCAUCGUGUUAAAAUAACUUUGCUUUCUUAAUUGAAUAAUGCGACACUUUACCACUAAAGGCAUUUCAGCGUAUAGAAAUCCAAGAUCCACUAAGCAAAGGUUCAUAUCUCCUUACAUUCAGUUUGUCGCGCGAUACGGAGCUAACUAGACGUUGAACAUUCCUCAUUCGAAACGAUAGCAAUACCUGUAAUAAAACUUGUUCUCCAACAUGGGGUGGUAUCGCAUCCCAUUACUAGCAAUGAUGUUGUUAAUUGCAACACCGGUGCUCUCAUGGCGACAGUAUCGUAUCCGCCGCAGCAUUGAUCUGUCCGCUACCAACCCAUUGAUACCGGACAAUAGGCUGCCAACUGAUCUAGUUCCAGUAAACUACAAGCUACGAUUAGAGCUUGAUGCCGAUCAGCUAGCAUUCCAUGGCACCGUCAAUAUAACAAUGACAUGCACUAAGCAAACAAAUCAAAUUAAUCUCCAUGCCCACCACGACCUGCAAGUCGAUGAAGAGAACAUCGAGCUAGUACAACACACUGAUAACGGAAAAGCAAACACGUUGAAAAUUCGCCGUGUGGAUAGAGUACCGAAAAAGCCACUUUUAGUUAUUUAUUUCCACGAUGAUCUCACCAUCGGCGGUCUGUAUGAGGCACGAAUUAAUUUUAAAGGAAUGAUUUGGGAAAAUACGGAAGGAUUGUUCCAAGGCAAAUACAAAAUUUACGAUGAAGACCAGCAACAAGACCGUUCCUACUUCGCUUCAUACUUUCGACCGCAUAACGCAAGACGUGUUUUCCCUUGCUUUGAUGAGCCAGCAUAUAAAGUGCCCUUCCAGGUGACGAUUGUUAGACCACAAGGCUAUCAUACACUCUUCAACACUGAUAUCGCAUCGAGUGAAACUAUUUCCAACGGCAAAGUUGCAGAUCAUUUCAAAAUUACCCCUCCGAUAUCAACAUUCACGUUAGGUUUUGUAGUAUCAGAUCUUCUAGAAGAUAGUGACGACAAACAGAAUAAAAUUACAAAACCAAUCGUCAAGCUGUGGGCACGGAAAGAGUUUCAUGAACAAAAUAAAGAUGUUAAAUACAAACUAAAAAUUGUUCUCGAGUACCUCAUCAACUAUUGGAAUGUAAGUUUUCCGUUAGAAAAGCUAGAUGUUAUCGUACUGCCGAACUUCUCCGCCGUGAAGCCUGCAGAUAACUGGGGAUUGGUGGUUUUCAGAGAAAGCGAUUUGCAAAACGGAUACUAUGGAAUUGCACAGGAAUUUGUAUACCAAUGGCUUGGAGCAUGGAUAAGUCCGCAUUGGUGGAGCGAGGCUCAUGUCAAUAAAGCUGUUGCGGGCUUCCUAGCGGCGUCAACAGCUAUUGAAAUCGAUAAUGGAGUAGAGUUUGAGGGUAAAUGGCCCAUGACGAUUUUGUAUUCGAUUUACUAUGAAUUCAGCAAAAGAUAUCCCCAUUCCCGAAUCACGGCGAUUAAACAGGAAACUACCUGUAGCAAAACUGAACUCGUGCUUCGCAUGCUCAACCUUACUCUGGGGGCGGAAACUUUCCAAAAAGGUUUGCAAAGGUUUAUAGAACAUCGUGAAUAUAAAACAUUCGUUAGCAAUGACAUCUGGGAAGCACUCACAAAACAGGCUCAUUUGGAUAACCGACUCUGUGAAUCUGCCACCGUUAAUGAAAUUGCCGAAUCAUGGAUUACGAAAGAUCGCAUUCCCAUGGUAACCGUUGAAAGGGAUUAUCAAAAAAAGACAGCAACGAUCACGCAAAGAGUGUACCUUCGUGAACGCCCUCAUGAUGUACCAGAGCAGGACAAGAUGCUGUGGUGGAUACCGUUAGUGGUUGUGCAACAAAACAAUCUCAAUUUUACAAACACCAGCGCUACCAAAUGGAUGAAAAAAGUCAAACAAGUGGUAUUAGAAAACCUACCUAACUCAGAUGGUUUCAUUAUUGUGAAUCCAGAAGAAGUAGGUCCUUUCCCAGUGAAUUAUGACGAGCGAAAUUGGAACCUACUUGCUAACUUUUUACUCGAUGAAGCUGGCCGAGCUAGAAUUCCAGUUUACACAAGAGCUAAAUUGUUGCACGAUGCCUGGAAUUUGGCUUACGCUGGUCAUUUAAGCUUCGCAACGGCAUUCAAUAUGACUCUUUUUAUGCAGUACGAACGAAAUCACCUCGUGUGGAAUCCAGUGUUCACUCUAAUCGAUCACAUUGGUAGACAUAUUGACAUGUCGGCAGUUCAUAAAAAGUUCGAAAUCUAUGUGCGAACACUCCUUACUCCACUGUACGAGGAACUUGUUCAAAACCAACGUGACAACGAAGAGAAGUGGAAAACUAACCUACGAUCUUUGGCUAAGACAUUCUUAUGCCGCGCCGGAUAUAAACCAUGCAUAGAAGAGGCCCAGAAAGUUUUUAAAAAAUGGAUGGACAGCCCUGAACCAGAUCUUGGAAAUCCAGUAGCCAAUCAAUAUAUUUGCCCUGUUUUCAAGUCUGGCACACAAGAGGAGUGGGAAUUCGGUUUACAGCGUGUAAUCAACUUCCCGGAAUCUCGCGUUAAGAGCGAACGCACUUAUCUAUUGAAAACUCUAGCUGGCUGCCCGGUACAGGCUUCCAAGAUAAACCGACUGCUGAACAUCACCGUGCUGGAGGAUAAUGGCAAUUUUACCGAUAAUGAUAUAAGCCUCAUAUUCAAAAUGCUUUCCGGUGGAUCCAGCGGUUAUAUGGCAUUAUUUGAAUUUUUACAGAAGAAUUGGGAUGCCAUUAAAUUGAGAUUCAAAGACCGAGAGCUUUUGUGGAACAAUUUGAUAAAUUCUGCAACUGGAUUAUUUACCACACAAGAAGGCUACGAUAUGGUAUCUCAGUUGUACGUACAAAGGCAAGGGGAAUUCGGAACUGCUCAACACAUCAUUGAAAAGUCCUUGAAAAAUAUCAAAGAGGAAACUAAAUGGAGUCAAGAAAACCUUCCAGUUAUUGAAAAAUGGAUAGAUAACUUUCUAAGCCAUCAUAAGCUGAGCGAAGACAAAUUCUUAUGAAUCAAGCAUAGACAGUGGUUGUAUUAUCAUUAUUUUUGAGAGAAAAAAAAAUAGUUAAGAAACAUAUUAAUUUCAAUUUGUAGAGAGAAUACAAGCAUAUGGAAACUGAAAUCAUGUACAUAUUGUCUAACAUAUUAAACUAUAGGAAAUUAUACUAAACAAAAUUAUAAAUAGGAUAGAUUCAUCUUACAAACAUGUCUUUCAGAGUCAGAAUCUCAACUCAAGAAAAAUCAAUAAAAAUAGUAAACAUCAUUUCCACCUUCUCACUUUUGAAAUAUAAGAAAAAUGCUACAAUAAAUAGUACCUAUCCCUAACUUCACAAGUAAGCUUUUGCAACUGAUGACU